AUGACUACUUCGUUGUCGUUGCUGGCAAGCCACGAUGAAGUGGUACGAUGUACAGAUGUACUCGUAACUGGAGCUUGUGAAGAAGAAUUUUUACAAUUUGCUAUAAAUCAAGAGGAAAUGAGGCAAAAAUGGUUAGGAUCUAUACAAGAGUGUCAACGGCUUCAUUCAGCUUUAGAAAAAGCCCACCAAGAGGCAGCUGAUUUGGAUAGGAAGUUAAGUCAUGCUAGAAGACUUUUAGAUGAGGAGAAAAGAAGAAGAAGAACUGCUGAAGAGCAGAGAAAUUCACUGGAGAGACAAAUUGCUAUGGCCAGAGAUCUUUUAUUUAAUGAUGGUGGAAGAAAUUUAAAUGAUGAGACCCGUGAAAAGUUACAAUUUUUAAAUAAUACUACAUUAAAUGGUCGUCACAGUAACAUACAUAUUAAAGACUUACAUCAAAAUGACAAAUUAAAUACAAUAGCGGAGCUGGACUCCACUGGCUCAAUCUUAAGUGAUUUAAGUUGCUUUUCAAAGUCAGAAGAUGAUUUAGAUGCUAGUAUAAUCAUUCAGCAAAAUCAAAAGAAACGCGAAUGGAAAGAACACAGACCCAGUGGUGAAUAUUCUGCAAAAAAACGUCGCAGUAUUGCACAAAAAGUUGCAGAAUUAAAUACAUCUGAUAGAAUAGUAGCUACAACUACAGUAGUAAUGCCUAAAGAAGGCAGUAUCACUGCAUCUUCUGUAAUUGAAGCUAUACCUAGAGAUGAGAAUACAGACCCACAGGGUCCAUUACAUAGCUCACGCAAAAGGCGUAAAAGUGGUGAUCGCAGUAAGACGAAAUUGACUCCUGUUAAUACAAAUGAAAUACACACAGACACUGCUCCUUCUGCACCAAAAGCAGAUAUUCUUACAUCAGGAUCAGAUUCUGAAGGUGUUUUUAAACCUAGUCCAAAUAUAGGUGGAUAUACUUUGAAUACGAAAUCUGCUAGAGGUCAUAGUUUUAUAGCAAAAACAGUAAUUAAACCAGAAGUUUGUACACCUUGUGAUAAGAGGAUUCGUUUUGGAAAAGUAGCUUUAAAAUGUAGGGACUGUAGAGCUACAGCUCAUACAGAAUGUAAAGAUUUAGUACCAUUACCAUGUGUGCCUACCGGAAAUACACCUACGUUACGUGGAAUAUCAGGAACAAUAGCAGAUUAUACACCUAUGAUCCCACCCAUGGUUCCAUCAUUGGUUGUUCAUUGUAUCAAUGAAGUAGAAUUAAGAGGGAUGAGUGAACAAGGCAGAGGAGCUCCUAAUCUUUCAGAUGUUGAUAUAGCUACUAUAUGCUCUACUCUUAAAGAUUUCCUUAGAUUAUUACGAGAACCGCUAAUUACUGUGGGAUUAUGGGCGGAUUUUGUUCGUGCCACCACUAUUACUGAUAAACAAGAUGCUGAUGCUGCUUUAUAUCAAGCAAUCUCAGAAUUACCUCAGCCUAACAGAGAUACACUUGCUUUCCUAAUUUUGCAUUUACAAAGAGUAUCAAGUAGUCCGGAAUGUAAAAUGCCAAUAAGUAAUUUAGCUAAAGUUUUCGGGCCUACAUUGGUGGGUUAUAGUAGUCAAGACCCAUCACCUACUUCUCUUCUUUCCGAAACGAAAAAUCAAGUCGCUAUAGUUGAAAACUUACUGAAAAUUCCUUCGGAUUAUUGGGCAAAUUUCGUUAAUCCUGAGAGCCUACAUAACAUCGGUAGCCAUAAAACUGGAGAAUUAAGACAUACACCAUCCACGGAAUCUUUACUUAAACGUAGUACUUCCCGCGGCUUUUUUAAUACUCCACUCGCUUCUAGUCGGACAUUUUUGCGAAGAAAUAAAAGAUAUUUUGCGACUCCUCCCUCUAGAGCAGGUUUCUAA